AUGCCAGAAAAAGUGCUCGAUUUAUUAGAUGAAAUGACAAUUGAACCUAAUAAUUUUACUCUCGCACUUUUAUUUAAUGCAUGUGCUCGAGUUGCCAACGAUCGAGCAAUGAGGAUUGGAAGAAAACUUCUUGAUGAAAUACCUAAUGAUUUCAGAAAUGAUACUGUCGUAUUAACUUCAGCAGCACAUAUGUUAAUGAAAUUUGGUGAAGCUGAAAGUGCUGAACAUGUUGUUAAAUUAGUAAGAAACAAAGGUAUUAUUACGCAUGGUGUUCUAAUGAAUGGUUACAAUAUCAAUGAUGAAACGUGGAAAUAUUUUAAAAUUUUCGAAGAAAUGAGAAAAAAAAAAUUAUUCCCAAUGAGACCAUAA